AUCGAACCAGCUGGAAGCUAUCAAAUGUUGUUGUUUUUGGCAGGAAGCAGGAGCUUUUCACACUUGCGAAGGAUGUCUAUCAAAGGAGCCCUCAUUGAUCUCAGCGGAACCCUGCAUGUGGAGGAUGAACCUACUCCAAAUGCAGUUGAGGCUUUGAAAAGACUCCGUGAAUCUGGUGUGGAGGUCAAGUUCGUAACGAAUACCACCAAGGAUUCCAAGGGCACUCUGCACGAAAGGCUCUGCAGGAUUGGUUUCCAACUUGACCCCUCUGAGAUCUACAGCUCCUUGAGCGCAGCAGUGGACUUUGUGGAGGAUGAGAAACUGAAUCCUUACUAUAUCCUGUCUGAGGAUGCGCGCCAGGACUUUCCGCCGGAGGAUACCAAGCGCUAUCAGGAUUCAGUUGUGAUAGGACUGGCUCCAAAGGCUUUUAACUAUGACAAACUGAACGAGGCUUUCAAAGUUCUCCUGGAGAAUAAGAAUCACAAACUGGUGGCCGUGCAUCAGGGUAAAUACUACAAACGCGCCGAUGGCCUGGCGUUGGGACCGGGAUGCUUUGUUAAGGGUUUGGAAUAUGCCACCGGAAGAACCGCCAAAGUGAUUGGCAAACCGAAUCCGUACUUCUUCGAAGGAGCUCUGGAUGGUCGGGAUCCCGCCACCUGUGUUAUGAUAGGAGAUGAUGCCCACGAUGACAUUGUCGGCGCCAUGAGCGUGGGCAUGCAGGGAAUCCAGGUCAAGACGGGCAAAUAUCUGCCAGAUGUCCAGCCAUCGCCUCCUCCAACAGCUCUGGUGGAGAACUUUGCCGAGGCAGUCGAUUGGAUAAUACAGAAAAACAAAUCUUAAGCUAUAAGCUAUGUGUUCUUAAAAAAAAUGUGUGUGACAUAUUUAACCUUAAAUGUAGUUAUUGACAAAUUAUUCAUUUAAUGUAUAAUUCAAUAAGGCAUUACUAUUAUCUUUAGAGUUUGAAAAGUAAUUAAAUGUGUAAAUUGA